CGGCAUUGUAGGUGCACGCGUCGCCGUAAAAUGAAGAACAUUUUAAAAUAGCGCACUCAAAAACUAAUAAAAAGUAAUAUCGAUUGAUAGUGGCGACGUGAGUGUCAUCGUUCCGGUAAGCUUAGCCGGCUUGGCGUUUGGCUGAUCGACAGAAUAUACUUAAAAGUUAGAUUGAAAACACCGCCUGAACUUGGGAAACUGUGAGAGAAGUUAAACUGUAGUGUGCAAAAAAUGCGGCAGCGUGCGUCGAUUUAUCAUUGAUGUUACAAUGUGUAAAAGAAAGGUGGAACGGCCUCCUGCGCCGGCUACUAAGCCCUUACUCUUACAAAAUGGCUUAGCGCCGAUCGCAAAAAUUUUCAUCGAUGAUUUAACAGAAAGAAGGCGUUUGUGGUGCAUACCAUGGUUCAUUAUCAUAAUGUGUUGUGUGCAGGUUUUCCUUUUUCACAUCGCAAAUGGCUGCAUUUUUCAGCGCUUUAUGCACAUCCCCGGACAUCCUAAAGACUUCUGGCGCUAUUUCACCUACACAUUACUGCAUUCUGAUCUCAUACACCUGCUACUGAACGUGUCACUACAGUGCAUGAUUGGCUUUUGUUUGGAGAGUGAGCAGGGCCACUGGCAGGUAGCCGUGAUUUAUUUUGCUGGUGGAAUUUCCGGCUCGUUGGCCACCGCAUAUACUCAGCCAGAACUAUCGUUGCUGGGCGCGUCGGCUAGUGUUUAUGCCCUGCUAGCGAGUCAUGUGCCACAUAUGGCGAAGAACUUCUAUCGAUUGCCACAUCGUUAUCUGCGCAUUGCAGCUUUGUUGAUUUUGUGCGUCAGCGAUGCUGGAUUCACCUCUUUCCAUUAUCUGGUCAACAAUAACAUGAGCCCCCGUAUUUGCGUGGAGGCACAUAUUGCUGGCGCUAUGGCUGGACUUUGUUUUGGGUUUUUGCUCUACAGCGGUGCCAAAGGUCGAGGUUGUUGUACCGACUGCCGUUUGCCAAAUGUAUACUUGGUAUAAAUAAAUUUUAUUUUUUAUAAGACGUCGUAACUGUAAUGUUUGUAAAUCCAUAUAUAAGUAUAGCUAUAUAUGUAUGCAUGUUCAUAUGUACAAGUACUCACGAAUUUUAGUGAUGCGUGUAUUUUAAGGCCUCAUUAGUAUUCAUUGCCA